GUAGCAUCGACGCUCCUCCCGCCCAUCAGAAAGAGCUCUUCCCUAAGCUAGCUGGCUAGCUGCACAUAACGCAAAAAUGUCCGUAAACCUCAGUAAAAAUGGCCCAACAUUGACAGCUGCUUAUAAAGAAGUUGUUGAUGAAAAAUCCGACACGAACUGGGCUCUGUUCACAUAUGAAGGGAAUACUGAUGACAUUCGCUUGGCAGCAAAAGGAGAUGGAGGGCUGGAAGAAAUGAUUGAGGAUCUGAACAGUGGAAAAGUCAUGUAUGCCUUCUGCAGAGUGCAAGAUCCAAAUUCAGGUCUGCCCAAAUACGUCCUCAUCAACUGGACUGGUGAAGGGGUGAAAGAUGCUAGGAAAGGAAUUUGUGCAAACCAUGUCAGCACAAUGGCAAAGUUCCUAAAGGGAGCACAUGUUACAAUAAAUGCCAGAGCAGAUGAAGAUGUAGAACCGGAGGUUAUAAUGGAGAAAGUGGCUAAGGCAUCAGGAGCAAACUACAGCUUUCAUAAAGAAACUUCCAACCGCUUCAGAGACACUGGUCCUCAAGGUCCCGUGGGUUCUGUGUACCAAAAGACAAAUGCCGUGUCAGAAAUAAAGAAGACCAAUAAAGAUAGCUUCUGGGCACAGGCAGAGAAAGAAGAAGAGAAACGGCGUCAGGAGGAGCGACGCAGGGCAAACGAGGAGCGCCAGCUGCUGGAAAACGAGAGGAAAGACCGCGAGGCCAAAGAAGCGGCGCUGCGUGAGAAGAGAGACAAAGAGAGGGCACAACAAAUCGACCAACAGAAAAAAUACCAACAGCAAGUGGAAGCAGAGAAUAAAGAGCAAGAAAAGAAGCGUUAUGAGGAGCAGGAACAAACGGAUGCAGCCCAAAGAAAGGCAGUGAGGAGAGGGGAAUCAGUGGAAAAGGCCAAUGAGGCAGCUUCUCUCAUCUCUCAGCGUGCUGUAAACCCCAGAGAGAUGUUCAAACAGAGGGAGCGAGGAAUCACUCCUAGUGACUCUGAUUUGCCCUCUGCUGCCCCCCCCAGUCCACAGCCAGGGCGCCUGCAAAGCCCUUUUCUGUCUAAACCAGUCUAUGAGCCUGAGCCGCCCCGCUCACCUCUGCGCCAAGCUUCUCCUGUGCCAGCAAGCUCCGCCUCUCCUGUCCAGGCUACAGAGCCUGAAGUGGGUGAUGGACAGUCCAGGUGUGAGUAUGAGGAGCAGAAGGAGGAGCCUCAGGAGCAGCCGAAAGAAGAACCUGUAGCUGUUAAUUCAUAUGUCCAAGAGGAAGACUGUGAGGAGCCAGCCCAGGUUGUCGCUUCUGAGGACCUGUAUGAAGUUUGUCCUGAAGAGACCUCAGAAAGAGGCAUUUGUGCAAAAGCCCUGUAUGAUUAUCAGGCUGCUGAUGAUACAGAGAUUUCUUUUGACCCGGAUGAGAUUAUCACAGGCAUUGAGAUGAUUGACGAGGGCUGGUGGAGAGGCCACGGUCCAGACGGUCACUUUGGCAUGUUCCCAGCUAAUUAUGUGGAGCUUAUCUAGUCCCUGCACCGCCAGGACCCCUACUCCUUCUCCAAACAUCAACAAGGACUGACUUAGAGCGGAGCCAGUCCUUGUGAUGAAAUGAUCUUAUUUUAAAAAAGAAAAAAUGGACCAGUGAUAAAUAAAUAUAUGGUUAUUGUGGGCCAGUCGGGUUUGCACAAAAUUUAAGUAAUAAUUUCCAUUAUGUUGAGUUGGUGGUGUAGGUGGUGUAUUUAGGGAUUUGUGAAUGACCAAAACUCCUUUCCACCACCUCCCUAAAAAUAUAUAAUUGUGAUGCAGUAUCCGCCUACAUUAUUUUUUCAACAUUCCCGCACAUUCCUUAAAAAGUGUGUUUGCAAAUAUAUUUUAUCGCUUGUAGCAUUUGUUCCUUUUCAUUUCAGGAAAACAUAUAUAUGAAAGAUAGUGGUACCAACCGCAGUACAAUCUUUUGCCUUGUUUUUUGCCUUUUAGUUACCGGAAGACUGAAUUUUCAAUUUUUGUCUGUGAUUGAACCUGAAUCCUGUGUGAAUUUCAAACCAUAUAGAUAAAGCAAGUAUUUACUAAAACUGUGCACUGAACGGUUGAUUUUAGCAGGCAAAGAUUUCGCCUUUUACUGUGACUAUAACUGGUUUGCUAUAUAUACCAAAUCAUUUCAACAUAUUUAACAUUUCAGGAACAAUACAUUUUAAUCUCGCUGGUCUGAGGUUGAGUUUCUGGUGCCAUACAGAGGGGUCGACAAUGCAAGAAACCCCUAUGUAUUAUUUUAUUGAAUCAUUUGGAAAGUGUAACAGCAGCGGUUAUGCAAAAUAUUUUUCUUGAUGAAAAAAUAAAUCAUGAAUAAAUUAAAAGGGCAUCAUGUAUUUCUGCAUUAUCAUGUUGUUUUCAGAUUGUAAGCGCCUACAUUUCUUCAUAAUAAAAUGAACUAA